AUGGCAGCACCGCAGUUGGUCGAGCAAUUAGGCCUGCGCAUAGCAGUAGAAGGUUGCGGUCAUGGAGUUUUACAUGCCAUCUAUGCUUCGGUCGCGGAAGCUUGCAAGCUGAAGGGAUGGCCUGACGUGGAUCUUUUGAUUAUUGGUGGUGAUUUCCAGGCUGUUCGAAACGCGUCCGACCUCAAGGCAGUAUCAAUGCCUUCCAAAUACUACGCCAUGCACGACUUCCACGAGUACUAUUCAGGCGCGCGUCUGGCCCCGUAUCUUACCUUGUUCAUCGGCGGUAAUCACGAAGCGAGUAACUACAUGUGGGAGCUCUAUUACGGUGGAUGGGCUGCACCAAAGAUAUACUAUAUGGGUGCUGCAAAUGUGGUACGGCUAGGUCCUCUUCGAAUUGCCGGUCUGUCUGGUAUAUGGAAAGGCUACAACUACAAGAAGCCGCAUUACGAGCGCCUGCCUUACAACAGCGACGAUGUGCGAAGUAUAUACCAUGUUCGAGAGCUGGAUGUACGCAAGUUGCUCCAAAUACGGACACAGGUUGACAUUGGGCUGAGCCAUGAUUGGCCACGCGGUAUGGAAUGGAAGGGUAAUUACCGACAGCUUUUUAGUUGGAAACCAGACUUCGAACAAGAAGCCAAAGAUGGUACCUUGGGGAGUGUUGCUGCAAAGGCAGUACUAGAGCGCUUACGACCACCGUAUUGGUUCAGUGCCCACAUGCAUGCCAAAUUUCCGGCUGUAUGGGAACAUGCGGAAAUUCAGAACGACACACCAUCGAAGACUGAUGCUGGAGACGUUGCGCCAACGGUCAUCAAUGAAGGCGAGAUCGAUCUAGAUGUAUCUGAUGGUGAGCCUCCAGUGGCGCCUAAAAAUGAUGCCGAGAUCGAUCUUGACAUGGACGAAGUUGAGGUUCCACCUGUAACUGCUGAGAACAAGGGACCUACCAAGUCUACAACAGUCGAUACGCCCUCUGAAGUUCCUCAGGACAUUCGAAAGCUCUUACCAGAAUCAUUUUCUCGCCCGAUAUUGGAACCGAUACCGACUCUACCCUUCCCUAAAGAAAUCACGAACAAGACAACCAAGUUCCUUGCACUUGACAAGUGUUUGCCCAAACGAAGCUUCCUGCAGCUGUUGGAGAUUGAGUCAUAUGCACCAGCGGAAUUACAACGACCUUUGCAAUUGCAUUACGAUAAAGAAUGGCUGGCUAUCACACGUGUCUUUGCCGAUCAUCUACAAGUUGGCGACCCGCAUGCGCAAGUACCCACUGACAAGGGCGAUGCUUUCUACCAGCCCCUUGUGGAGAAAGAGAUGGAUUGGGUUGAACAGAACAUUGUCCAAACAAACAACAUGGCCAUACCGGAGAAUUUUGCACAGACGGCGCCGGUAUACGAUCCUGCAUUAGGCAUCCAUGUCCGUGACCCCCCGCAGGAAUAUAGUAACCCACACACUCAAACUUUCUGCGAUUUGCUGCAGAUCCCAAACGUAUUUGACGCUUCAGACGAAGAGCGGUCACGCAUGGCGCAGAAUGGCCCGAGGCCGGAACAAGAACGAUCGAAUCGAGGCGGGGGUAGGGGCGGAGGUGGAUCCAGAGGGGGUGGACGUGGUCACGGUCACGGUCACGGUCAUGGUCAGAGAGGUCGUGGGCGGGGUGGGAGGGGCGGGCGUAGUCGAGGGCGCUGGUGA